GUUACUUCCCUUGAUUUCAUUUAAAAACAAAACAAACACGAAAUCGCAUGUUGACUCAGCAUUUUCACCCAGAGAUAUGGGCAUAAACUCUUGUUUUAGGAAGUAUUCAAGAUCAAAAGGCAGAACAAUAGUGUGAUGAAUAAUUGUUUUCAUCUGGAACAACAUAUAUACAGAAUAUUUAGAAGUGAUCACAGAUUUUCAGCAAAGGUGUAUGCAGGUGUAACAAAGCUACAUGUAUCAUUCUUAUCAAGGAAACUAGAGAAAUACUUUGAUUUGAAAUCUUCACUUGCAGCCUUCAAUGCAAAGAACUGGAAUUUUUAUCCCUCUACAUCCAACUUAUUGCAUCAAGUUCUGAUAAAUCUAUUGGAUCCAAGAAUGGCGGAAAAUAGAUACCUCACCGGCUAUGCUAAAUUGGGGACCUCUGGCUGUAAGAAAUGCAAACAGAAGAUCGAUAAAGGGGGACUCAGAAUUGCUAAACUAGUAUCUAACCCGUUCUCUGAGGACGCUGGUGACAUGAAACAGUGGUUCCAUCCAUCAUGUAUUUUUGAGACAUUUGUGCGAGCCAGGGCAACUACAAAGAAAAUAGAAGAUCCUGAUGACCUAGAAGGCUUCUCAGAUUUGCAGCAAGAGGACAAAGAUGUCAUUGUGAAUCUUAUUAAGGAUUUUCAGACAAAAGCCGGCUCCCCAGCCAAGAACAAGAAAACUCCCACAAAGCCUAAAACAACACCGGUGAAGAAGGAACCAACUGUAACUCAUGUGAAAGGAGAUUCCACACCUGUGAAAAAAGAGCCCACACCUGCGAAAAGAGAGCCCUCAUCCAUCAAGGCAGAGCCAAGUGCCGACCCUUCUGGGGCUUCAAAUGGAGACUCAAGCUCAUCAGCUGCAAACUCCCACAGCCUGGCCUCAGCUGAGAAAGACGACUCAUUUCGUGAGUUUAGGCGGCUGUGCGCGGAUAUUGCUGAAGAGAGCAGCUACACUGGAAAGACUGCUAUUGUCAGUAAAUUUAUCACCAAAGGAUCCUCAGGAGAUGGCUAUGCAGGGAACCUGUAUCUGCUGUUGAAGCUGCUGCUGCCCGGUGUGGUGAAGUCGGUGUACAAUCUGAACAACAAGCAGCUGGUGAAACUCUACAGCCAGAUAUUUCACACAAGCCAGAAGGCCAUGCUAGAAGAUCUGGAACAGGGAGAUGUGGCUGAAACCGUGAAGAUAUUCUUUGAGCAGAGCGCCACAUUGCCCCCACAGAAAAAGUGUACCCUCUCCAUUCAGGAUGUGGACAGUUGUCUGGACCAGUUGUCCAAGAUGACCAAAGAAGAUGACCAGGAGAGGGUUCUCAAGCAGAUUGCAAAUAGGUGCACUGGUAAUGACUUAAAGAUGGUGAUACGCUUGAUAAAGCAUGACCUAAGAAUCAAUGCAGGAGCAAAGCACAUUCUUGAUGCCUUGGAUCCCAACGCCUAUGCGGCUUUUCAGGCCUCUCGAGACUUAAAAGAUGUCGUACAACGAGUUGUGGAGAAUCGGGAAGGAGCAGAUAAACCUGGCAUGUCAAAGAAACUGUCUGUCCGAGCUUCCCUCAUGACUCCUGUACUUCCUAUGCUGGCGGAGGCAUGUCGGUCCGUCCACCAGGCCAUGAAGAAAUGUCCCAAUGGUUUCUACGCGGAGAUCAAGUAUGACGGUGAGAGGGUACAGCUCCACAAGCGAGGGUCAGAUUUCCAGUACUUCAGUAGGAGCCUCAAACCCGUCCUGCCACAUAAGGUUUCCCACUUCAAGGAGUUCAUUCCCAAGGCUUUCCCAUCUGGGGAUGACCUGAUACUGGAUGCCGAGGUGCUUCUUAUAGACACCAACACUGGAAACCCACUGCCGUUUGGAAGUCUCGGAAAACAUAAGAAGGAGCAGUUCAAGGAGGCCAAUGUUUGCCUGUUUGUGUUUGACUGUCUGCACAUCAAUGGAGAAAAUAUCAUGGACAAACCUAUCAAAGAAAGACGGAAGAUAUUAUCCAAGAACAUGACAGAGAUUCCCAACAGAAUCCUGUUCUCUGAAAUGAAACACAUCACUGAUGAGGAUGACCUGAUGGAGAUGAUGACCAGGGUGUUCCAGGAGGGGCUGGAGGGACUGGUCCUUAAAGACGUCAAUAGUAUUUAUGAGCCAGGCAAGCGUCAUUGGUUAAAGGUGAAGAAGGAUUAUCUCAAUGAAGGCUCCAUGGCUGACUCUGCAGAUCUGACAGUCCUUGGGGCAUUCUAUGGCACUGGAAACAAAGGUGGAAUGAUGUCCGUGUUUCUAAUGGGGGUAUAUGACCCAGUCACAGACCAGUGGUGCACUGUCACUAAAGUGGGCAACGGCUUUGAUGAUGCCACACUGGACAAACUGCAGACUGAACUUGACAUGGUCAAAAUAAGCAAGCAGGUUGAGAAAGUGCCUGACUGGUUAAAUGUGAAAAAAAAUAUGGUGCCAGACUUUGUGUGCACUGAUCCGAAGAAGGCCCCCAUCUGGGAAAUAGCAGGGGCAGAAUUUACCAAAGCUGAGGUUCACACAGCAGAUGGGAUCUCUAUACGGUUUCCCAGGGUGACAAAAGUGCGAGAUGACAAGUCUUGGAAAGAGGCCACAGACCUACCACGAUUGAAGGUGCUGUUCAAGACCUCCAAGGAGACUUCGGACCUUGUCAUCCCUGGCACAAAGGGGAAAGGGAAAGGCAAAUCUCCAGUAAAGAAGGCACAGUCCAGUGGAAGUGAGACUGAAGAUGACAGUGUUUCAACUCCCAUCAAAAAGGAACCUUCCACCCCAAAAGUAUCUAGGACGCCUGUUAAAUCAGCGUCAGGGGAGUCCUCCAGUGACGGUGGAGGGAUCAAGAAAUACUUCUCACCACUGAAGGAGCCUAACACUUCUACGUCUAGCACACCAAGCAAAAGACCCAGCGAUAAUGGGACAUAUGAAGCAAGUCCGGCAAAAAAGUCCAAGCCAGAGUGCCGCUAUGGUUCGGACUGCUACCAGAAGAGUGCAGAACAUCGAGAGCAAUACUGCCAUCCUCCGAAAGUACAGCAACAGUCUCAUGGGGUAUUGCCAAAUGUCUUCACUGGGGCCAAGAUAUACCUGCCAGCAGACAUUACUGAUUUUAAAACACUCAAGAGAUAUGUUGUGGCAUUUGAUGGUGAAAUAGUUCCAGAGUUUAGCAAGACCACGGCCACGCAUGCUGUUGUUUCAAGCAAAUAUCAAGGUCCAGCCAUAGAAUGCUCUGGUGUGUGUGUGACAGUCGACUGGCUCUGGAAGUGCAUACGCACCAAGAGGAUACAACCUACCAAGGACUUCUUGUUGAAGUCUUGAGGACAUCAUUAUCGUGUUUGGGCCACCCUCUUAUGAAGUCACAAAUGAGUCUCACGCUUGGAAACCAAGGGUGGUAUUCCAGAAGCAUCUUAAGUUAAAUUUUAUUUUUAUCCUUAAAUUGGGAAUUUUUCUUAAAUGUUUCAUUUCAUACUGCAAUAGUUAGGCUUCGAAUAUUACAUCAAAACAACAAUGUCAACAAUUAUGUCAAUGUUAUUUGAGUAAUACCAAAAAACAUACAUGUCUUUAUUUAGUAAAGAAAUACAAAACAUUAUAAUUUUGAACUUAAGUGAAAAUAUUUAAGAAAUGACUUAAAAUGUUUCUGGAAUACGACCCCUGGGCUUAGUUCUUGAGCUGGAAAGUUUGUGCAGUCUGCACAGGCUAAUCACGAACAGCUCUUCCUGCCUAAACUCGAUUUUUGUUGAUAACAGGCUUCCUAGAAACAACAAAUUCCAUUAAAGCAGAACUGCACAGGCUAAUCAGGAACGGCACUUUGCGCACAUGUGUUUAGGCCUGUUUUCCCAGAGCGAGGCUCAAAAAUGCUCGCCAUAAACGGAGUCAACUUGAUUGAUAUUUUCCUUGAGUUGUUGCCAUAUGUUUCUAAUGAGCAAUUUUUCAGCAUGUUUGUAGUUAAUCUCCCUACUUGUAGUAGUACACACACAUGCAUAUAUAUGAAGUAGACACUUCAAUUUGCAACUGAAUGUUUCUUUUUGUCCCAUUGUUUAUUUUUUUAACAUACAAAUUUGAGCAUACAUUAAAUGAUUUGUGUACAAUAUAAAAAAACUUGAUAAUGUUAAAUGCAUUGACUGAUUGAACCUUUUUUUAAUUCUGCAAUUUGUUUUUGUGAUGCUUGAUUAAGUAUACAUUAAAUACUCAGAGGCAAUAUGAAAUUCAUGUAUGAUUGUUGUUUUUUCUUGUGUAUGUAAUAAGUGUUUAACUUUGAAAUGUUGUCUUUUUCAUUUAUUUAAUGGUUAUAGCGCCAUCUUUACAUAGUAUUAUACCUGUCACUAUAUAUCUUUUAAGAAUCAUAUACAUGUUUGGUUUUCACUUUGAUGUCCUUUUAUGUAAUCAUAUAGUUGAAAGCAUGUCCUAAUUAUUUGAUAGUGUUAUCCAUGAUUUACGUGAAAGUGUACAUGUACGUGUUAUGUAUUACAAUCAUUAUGAUUUUUGCAGUUGUACGAAUGAAUUUUAGAUCUCGGGUAUUAAAUGUUGUGAAAUAAAAGAGACAAGAACC